AUGGCAUCCAAGCUUUUGGUCGCCGCUCUCCUCCUCGCUCCCAACGUAUUGGGACGAGCUAUCCCGGAGGCUGCCCAGAAUGAGAUUGCCAACAUCCGUGAGCGAGAGCUCACUUUCGCCGAUGCUGCCAACCUCCAAGCCCGCGAGGCCAUUGAUGUGCUUGUGACCCGCGCCGAGAUCACUGGCGAGAAGGGCCACAAGGAAAAGAAGGGCUCGAAGCCCAAGGGCAAGAAGAGCAAGAGCAAGCACCAUGGCGAGCCCGAGGACAAGUUCAUCAUUGGCAAGCCCAGGGCGCGCAAGCCGCACCCCCGUGGUCUCCAGCGUCGCCAGGAUGACGAGGAGCGCCCCGGCCGCGAUCCUCCCGUGGAUGAUGAGGAGGAGGACGAGAGGCCCACUCCCGAGCCCGUAAAGGAGGCUCCUAAGAAGGAGACUCCCAAGAAGGGUGAUGACGAGGAGGAGGAGGCACCUAAGAAGGAAGCUCCCAAGAAGGAAGCCCCUAAGAAGGGUGACGACGAUGAGGAGGAGGAAGCCCCCAAGAAGGAAGCGCCUAAGAAGGAAACCCCCAAGAAGGACGACGGCGAGGACGACGAAGAGGAGGCUCCCAAGAAGGAGGCUCCCAAGAAGGAGGCUCCCAAGAAGGAGGCCCCUAAGAAGGGAGAUGAUGAGGAGGAGGCCCCCAAGAAGGAGGCUCCUAAGAAGGAAGCUCCUAAGAAGGGUGACGACGAGGAGGAGGCACCUAAGAAAGAAGCUCCCAAGAAGGAAGCCCCGAAGAAGGGCGAUGAUGACGAAGAAGAAGCGCCCAAGAAGGAGGCCCCCAAGAAGGAGACCCCCAAGAAGGAAACCCCCAAGAAGGAUGAUGGUGACGAUGACGAGGAGGAAGCCCCCAAGAAGGAAGCGCCUAAGAAGGAAACCCCCAAGAAGGGUGACGACGAGGAGGAGGAGGCCCCCAAGAAGUCCCCCCCGAAGAAGGAAACACCCAAGAAGGAUGAUGAUGAUGAUGAGGAGGAAGCCCCUAAGAAGGAGGCCCCCAAGAAGGAGACCCCUAAGAAGGGUGAUGAUGACGACGAGGAGGAGGCUCCUAAGAAGGGAAAGUCUACGCCCAAGAAGGAUGCCGACGAUGAGGAGGAGGCCCCCAAGAAGGAAGCUCCUAAGAAGGAAGCCCCUAAGAAGGACGAUGACGACGAUGAGGAGGAGGCCCCCAAGAAGGAAGCUCCUAAGAAGGAGACCCCCAAGAAGGGCGACGAUGACGAGGAGGAAGCUCCUAAGAAGGAAACCCCUAAGAAGGAGGCCCCCAAGAAGGGUGAUGACGACGAUGAGGAGGAGGCCCCCAAGAAGGAGACCCCCAAGAAGGAGACCCCCAAGAAGGGCGACGAUGACGAGGAGGAAGCCCCUAAGAAGGAGGCCCCCAAGAAGGAAACCCCUAAGAAGGAUGAUGGUGACGACGACGAGGAGGAGGAAGCCCCCAAGAAGUCCCCCCCUAAGAAGGAAACUCCUAAGAAGGAUGACGGCGAGGACGACGAAGAGGAGGCCCCCAAGAAGGAGACCCCUAAGAAGGAGACCCCCAAGAAGGAAACCCCCAAGAAGGAUGAUGACGACGAUGAGGAGGAAGCCCCCAAGAAGGAGACCCCCAAGAAGGAAGCCCCUAAGAAGGGUGACGACGAUGAGGAGGAGGAAGCCCCCAAGAAGGAAGCGCCUAAGAAGGAAACCCCCAAGAAGGACGACGGCGAGGACGACGAAGAGGAGGCUCCCAAGAAGGAAACCCCCAAGAAGGAGACCCCCAAGAAGGAAACCCCCAAGAAGGAUGAUGGUGACGAUGACGAGGAGGAGGAGGCUCCUAAGAAGGCCCCGCCCAAGAAGGAAACCCCCAAGAAGGAUGAUGGUGAUGAUGACGAGGAGGAGGAGGAGGCUCCUAAGAAGGCCCCGCCCAAGAAGGAAGCUCCCAAGAAGGACGACGGGGACGACGACGAUGAUGAUGAUGAGGAUGACGACUAA